AUGGUAGGUAGAUCAAAGUACAAUACCUUUCGAGGUAUAAAAGACAGAGUCUGGCUUAAGAUUAGUAACUGGAAGAAUCAAUUUCGUAUGCCAGUAGGGAAGGAAAUCCUGCUGAAAGCAGUGAUUCAGGCGAUCCUAACUUACCAUAUGAGUGUGUUUCUGUUACCAAAAAGGUUGUGUAUGGAACUUGCUGGUCUUAUGUCUAAGUUUUGGUGGGGGCAUAAAGAAAAUGAUAAGAAAAUAAAGUGGAUGAGCUGGGGGAAGAUGGGGGUGUCGAAAUUUAAUGGUGGCUUGGGUUUCAGAGAGCUGGAGAGUUUCAACAAAGCUCUUCUAGCUAAACAAGUUUGGAGAAUUCUAAUUAAUCCUAGUUCAAUUGUUGCAAGGGUGCUAAAAGAUAAGUAUUUCAAAAGAACUAGUGUUUUGAAUGCAAAAUUAGGAAUUUAUCCCUCGAUGAUUUGGAGAAGCCUUAGAAGUUCUAUUGAGCUCUUGAAGGGUGGAUUAGUUUGGAGAGUGGGAGAUGUUCAGUCUCCAGCAAGAAUUCUAGAACCAGAUGCAAGGGUGGAUCAGUUGUUAGAAGAUGGGAAGUGGAAGUCUGAAUUGGUUAAGGAGAUCUUUAAAGAGGAAGAAGCAGAAAUAAUUCUCAUCAUUCCUAUAAAUCAAUCAAAUAUGGUUGAUAAACAAAUCUGGACUCCUUCGAAGAAAGAAAGAGAUCAGAAAGUGGGGAAUCUUCACACGGUUGUGGUGAGAUCAAGGGGUGGAAGGAAUUGUCCAGCUGCGGUGGAUGUAUGGGCAGAGGUGAACAGUCCUGUUCAAAAAUGGCCGAUGGGUGAGGUAGAUUUGGGACAAUUAUGGAAUAGGGUGGUAGACAAAUGUAGUGAGGAGGAAGUGGUGUUAAUAGCAACUGUUAUGCGCAACAUAUGGCUGAGGAGAAAUUCUUUUGUUUUUGAAGAGUUUUUUUCUAGCCUAGAUGUAAUCUUGAACAAAGCUAAGGCUAGUAUAGAAGCAUAUCAGGAGGCUCAAAGUAAACCUGUUAAGGCUAUUGAGCAGAUUCAGGUACAUAGAGAGAAGGUUAGAUGGAAGGCUCCUAGGGAGGGGUUGGUGAAGAUCAACUGGGAUGCUGCCUAUGAUUUAAAAAGUAAGAGGAUGGGAAUAGAGGUGGUCAUUCGGGAUGCAAAAGGGGAAGUGCUGGUCUCUCUGUGCAAAACAAGUUUUCAUUCAGUGUCUGUUGCUGCAGCCGAAGUAGUUGCUUUGUGGCGUGCUCUGAUACUCAGUACAGAGCUGAAUAUUGGGAAGGCUAUCUUUGAGGGGAAGGCUUUUAGUAUUAUUCAAGCUGUGUGUAGCAGUGAGGAAAGAUUGGAAUGGCAUGGUCAGAGAUUAGGAGAUAUCAGAGAGUUACUAAGAAGAAGACCCUUGUGGAGGGUGAUACAUACAUAUAGAGAAGGAAAUUUAGUAGCUGAUUUUUUAGCAAAAUUUGCUUUGAAUAUAGAUGAUGAGAAAGUAUGGAUAGAAGAUGGCCCAAGUGGCUAUGAAAGUCUUAUUCUAGGGGAUAAGUCAUGUAAUUUGAAACCAUUAUGA